UUAUAUUGUAAAAUAAUGACAAGUAUAACACAAAAACUUAGGAAUGUUUUUUCGUGGCAGCAUGAUACUUAUGAGUUUGCAAACAUUGAAACAGUCAACAAUAAUAUGGAGAUGGAUCGAAGUACACGCAGCUCUGUUACUCUAUCAAGCAAAGUAAAGUUAUUCAAACCAAAGUCUACACAAUCUUCGAAAACAUCUCGGGGUGCAAUAUCGAAAAUUGCAAAAGAUAGACAAAAAUUGAACCAAGUUUUAGUGACACGCAACUCGUCGGUUACAUCGGCACAAUUAAAUGCAGCAGCACCUUUGGUGAAUAUUCGGCGGGUGUCGUCCAGUAAAUCCAUUUUAUCCGAUGUAAAUUCGGAACAUGAUGUAAAACCGAUUGAAACACAAUUGAAAAAUAAAUCCUCUGAAAAAUCCGGCGAUGUAACCAUUCGAAAUAAAACGAAUAACAAUAAAUCGACUACGGGAAGCACUUCAAAAAAUUUGAUUACUGCUCACAGAAAGUCGCUAUUCGCAUCUGCACUACUUUUACCAAAGACAAAACCUAGCGGAAGUUCUCGUGAAGUAGCAGAUAACUUGAGUAAAAAUUCUGGAAGCUCAUCUUUUGCCUCUAGUCAAAAUACAAAGCAAAAACACAGUUAUCGGAAUAUUCUUCCGGUAGAGACUGCUUCAAGCACCUCGAAAACUAAACUCCGGCGACAACCAGGUCUGACCAGUUUUGAUAGACAUAGAGGUCAAGGUCCUUCGGGAUCGAAACAUUCUUCACAAUCGACUAACAAUAUCGCUGUUACGAAUGGCUCCAGUAUCAAAGCUGCAUCAUCUGUAUCCAGCCUAGAUCGAGUUGGUAUUACACCAACUCCAAAACCAAACGGUAAGCAUAACAGAUUACUGCACGGUUCUAAGGACAAACUUGAACAAUACAGUUCAAGUAGUCACCACCACGGCGUUAAAGGCUCAAAAGAAAAGUUGAGCGAUUUCAAGAAUUUUGGCAAAGAAAAAUUGAGCAAUCGAAGCUUAGCAAAAUCAUCAAACCAAACACCUUUUGUACAACAUCAACCUGUUCAACAUCAGCUGGAGCCUUUCCAAAUCGGCCAUCUCGCAUCACGACCUGUAAAGUUACAGCAACUAAAUUCCAGCAGAAACGAAUUGGAUCAGCGUGAUGAUGACGCCUACUCGAGCGCCACGGAGGAAAUAGUCAUUUCAAACGAGUUGACAGAGAUCUGCUUCGAUGGUCCAAUGGAGCAGGCUAAAAAAAAUAGCGAAAUGCCCGGACUCCAUGCUAGUUUGGAUAAAUUGAAACAAGAUAAUGCGAUUUUAGAGGAGAAAGUCAUAGAGAUGUCGGUUUACCAGAGAGAAAUUCAGAUUCUUCGAGAAGAGAUCAACAAAUUGCACGCAACUCAAGAAAUCAGUAGGAGUGAACUACAUAGACUACUCGAUGAGAAUGAAUCCCUUCGAGGUCGUUUGAAAACAGUUGUGCAAUCUCCAUUGUCCGAUUCUGAAAAACAGCAAAUCAUCAGAGAUUCUCAACGACUACACAGCUCAGCGCCCGCAUCUAUUGCUUUACCGAAUAAUUUGGAUAUGGAAGUGACUCCUUGUGGCACCCCGGAUUGGGAUAGGCAGUCUUCGAGUAGCGAGGUUGCUGUUGCUUGCCUACAGGACAAGAUCACUCAGAUGGAAGAAACACAUUAUUCAACUAAUGAAGAACUGCAGGCUACGCUACAAGAGCUUGCUGAUUUACAAUCUCAAAUAAUGGAACUACAGAGUGACAAUGAACGUUUGGCAGAAGAGAAAGAUGUAAUUUUCCAGUCUCUGUGUAGACAAACUGAAAAGCUAGAAGACUCUCGAACUCAAAUUGGAACUCUUCAAACAUUGUUGCUAAGAGAGCCAAAUCAGCAAGAUGGUGGUUCGACGGAACGUGAACAAAAAUUAGUGGAACUUUUGAAAAACGCUCAAGAAGAAAGGGAAGGUCUUAUGUUGAAACAGGAAGAAUUAAAUUCAGAGUUGAACGAACUGAAAUCAGCUUUGGAAGGUACAACUAACGAGAAACUAAGACUGCAUGAGCGAAUCGGCGUGCUCGAAUCUACUAUUGAUGCAACAAAUGCCGAAAGAACUGAAAUUGAUUUGCAAUUGUUACAAUCCAAAGAAGAUAGUUCAGUGAAACAGAUCGAAAUCAGCCGUUUGACGACAUUGUUGGAAAACGCUAGAGCUAAAAUCGAUGAGCUAGAACAAGAUCGUGCCUUGGGAGACAAAUCAGAUCUUGGAGAACUUUUAGAUACUGCGAGAAAGGAGAAAGACGCAUUGGAAAUUCAAGUAGCAUCACUCCAGGAACAAGUAUCAAUAAGUCAGUGCGAAAUUCAAAAACUCAAAGACCAACUUGCGAGAGUAAAUGAAGAAUGUAAAGUUGUAAGGAAUAACGCAAAAUGUGUGAUAUCUGAUUUGGAGUAUAAACACGAAACAAUGAAACAAGAGAAAAAUAAAGCUGUUAGUGAUUGCCAACAACUACAAGAAAAUGUGAAUGAGUUGCAGGUUCAAAAUAAAUGUUUUACUGAGGACAAAGCGCAGUUGGAAGCCUUACUGUCCGAAACUCAGCGGCAUCUAGGAGAAACAGAACGACUACUUGCAGAAAAGACUGAUGAAUUAAACCAAGAGAUUAGUUUAAGAAAACAGGAAUGUGAUGAGUGGGAACGAUUCCAGUCAGAUUUAUUAAUGACUGUACGAGUAGCUAAUGACUUUAAAACUGAAGCCCAUAACGCACGUGAGCAACUUGUGUUGGACAAUAAGGCACUUCGUGAGCGUAUACGUAUAAUGGAGCAACAAAUAGAAAAACUCAACAAUCUAGUCGUGUCAACGGAAUCACAUCAAUCCAUCAUCAAUACAGUCCAACAAGAGAUGGCUGUGCGGCGCCAACAAAAAUCAGCAAUACAACGACAAGACUCACGCUUGUCUGUGAAAAGCCUUAUUGAGAGUAUCGAAAAUUCAGCUAAACAGGCUAAGGUGUCUGCCGAAUCACGCUGCAGCUCAAAUUCCAGUAUUAAUAGCCUACCACCUGACACAAUUGUCAAUCCAACAAUGAUAAACAGCAGCACGAAGAACUCUAUUAUUCACAAUGGGGACGAUACCAGUAGUGGGUUUCACACGAUAUCGUCUAUAAGUGCCAAAAGUCCACUCCGUGAACAACAACAGCCUACAGUCGGUGGCAACAUUAGUAGCAAUACCAAAAACAGUUCAACAGAUACUGUUUUGCUGAUUAAAACUCAAAAUCUCAUCGCAAAUAGCAGCGGUAAUCUUGACAGUAGUAAUAAUAAUAGUAGUAAUUACAGUAAUAAUAACAUAAAUUGCAACCAUAAAGCUUCCACUUUGAUCAAUAAUAACUACAACCAUGCUGGAAAACUCUAUAAACAACAAACUGAUGAUCACGUCACAUCAUCGAUACUCUCACACAAAACGAUGGAUUAUGUUCGACGAAAUAGCUACGGUGAUAUAAGUGACCGAAAGGAUCCAUUAAAUGCACUCGUAAAAAAUGGAGGUUCCAAACGAAAUGCCUUGUUGAAAUGGUGUCAAAAUAAGACGGUUGGCUAUAGAAACAUAGACAUAACUAAUUUUAGUUCCUCAUGGAAUGAUGGUCUCGCCCUGUGCGCUAUAAUGCAUUCCUACCUACCAGACAGGAUUCCUUAUGAUAAACUGAGUCCUAGUGACAAACGGCGAAAUUUUAGUCUUGCUUUUGCUGCUGCUGAAAGUGUUGGAAUAUCAACUUCAUUAAGUAUUGAAGAAAUGUGUCAGUUAGAACGACCUGAUUGGCAGCAGGUGAUGGGUUACGUAACGGCCAUCUAUAAACAUUUUGAGACGUGAUAUCGAAUACAAGUUUUUUCUCUAUCAUUAAGACUUCACCUUUUGCGAUUCUGUUCAUUUUAAUCGUGUUAUGCUUCCGUUAUUUAUUUUACUGCUUUACAAAAUCCUGCACUGUUAAAUACCUGAACAAAUUCGAGAUGAAAUUAAAGAUAUUUCUUCAGUUAAGAUGUCGAAA